AAUGGUCCAUCCGUAUUUAUUCCAGAAACACUGCCGCGUAGCAUAGGUCGCAAACAUUACUUUGGAUUUGUUUUCCUCAUGCGUAUGUUAUCUCGUUUCGGAUUGGAUUAAUUUACGUUGAGUAAUUUGUUGGAUUAACAGUGAGAUGACACUUAGGUGAUGGUAAGGAAAGUCCUGUUUUUUUGAAGUUGGAUUACAAUUUGGUACUACAUACGAUGGAACAGGGUGAAGAGAUGAAAGUUAAGACCCUGAGGGAAAGGUUCCAGAAUGAUGAUUUUUCAAGGAGCCGAACCAAACCUGCCAUUCCAGAGAAACCCAAAACCAUCCCCCCAAUUUCUCCCACCUCAAAAAUCAGCAACCCCCUAAUUGCUUCCAUCAACUCAGCCGUGGAGAAUCGCAUGGCUCCUCGUGUGGUCUUUAAAGAUGACAAAAAGACCCGCCCACUAUCUCAGCCUGAAACCUCAGAGGUAAAGCCAAAGCCUAUUUUGCUGGAUAAGAACCAGAAGAAGGAAGCAGAUCUUAUCAAACAAGCCAUGAAAGAUAAAAAGAUUUUGCCCACGAGUCCUGUUUCACCAGUCUUAGAACAGAAACCCAAACAUGAAUCUAUCCCAAAGUCUCCAGGUCUGGAGACACCAGUCAAAGUCCCUACACCAUUCAAGAACGCUAUAGUAAACAAGAGAGACAACGAUGAGGAAGGAAUGAUACACUUCUCAGAAUGGGAUGUACCAGCUACCCCUGUCCUUGAUCAUUCAGAUUCCAGCAUUUCUACUCAUGCCAAGGCAGAGGCUACUGAUAAAAAGUCUGUGGUUCCCAAGGCUCUUGUUCCACCUGUUAGAGCAAACCCUACUAUCACUCCUCAAGUUAUUUCUCCACGAGUUAUUUCUCCUCCAGCAUUUUCACCCUCAAAAUCUCCUGCCCUGAAAGUUCCACAUCCUGUUCACCAAAAUGGUCCUCAAAUGGAGAUCCCAAGGCCAGAAGUUCCUCUUAGACAUAAUUCCCAGGCCAUAAGUCCAACAGCAGAUAUUUUUACAAAUAAUUUACCAGAAGCUGCAACGACAAUUCCAGAAAGCUCUGAUAUAUUUGACAUGAACAUUCCACCUCCAAUUUUUCCUGAGGACUUUUCUGAUGGCCCGUCUGAUGUAGAUAUUUCUCCCUAUGCUACUUCUGAGCCUUUAUUUCCUUGGGCUUCCCUUUCUGCUACUCCAGUUCUCCAAAGUCCUCCACAAUAUCAUACAGAUUCCUCUUUUUCAUAUUCAGAGCCUGUUUUCACGUUCAGUCCUUUACCAGCAAGCAUAUCUCCAUCAAUGAAUUUUGAGUCAAUAGCAGAAAACAGGGUAACUGAAUCACCCAAAUUGAAUGACCACACUGAGAAACCCUUGGAAGUUCCAUUGCUCAACUCACCCUCAGUCACUUCAGUGGUCUCUGCUCUAGCAAGAGCAGAAGAGAUGUCCCCUGUUAAGCAUAACUCUUGUGAUCAACGACUGCUUAAACUUCUAGAAAAGGCUAAGCGUGGGGAGCGUGGUAAGACUAUAGUGGGGACUCAGUUAUCCACUCCUGAAAUUCUGCCUGUACUUGAAGAAGAUUUGCCUAGCAAUUCUCCACUUGUCUCUUCACCACCAGAGACAGCCCAUGCUGAACCAGUUUUACAUGUGGAUGCCUCAAAUGCCCCUGAACCUUUUGUGAAUCUUCUUGAUAUCCCCCCUGUUGACUAUGAGGGCAAGGCAGAAAAAGCAGCAAACGCAGAGUAUAACAUCGAGCCUCAUGGAACAUCUCUCAAUAACCAAGAUCACAUGAAUAGUUCACCUGCUCCAAAGAUGGUGGUUGUGCAAAGACCUGUUAUGCCUCCUCCACCUCCUCCCAGAAAGCCCCUGUCGUCUGUCCCAAAUGGUGGUCUCACACCAGAGAAACCACCUCAGCUCCCAAGCAAAGACAUGAAGUCCACUAUUCAGCCAAGUCUGCCCCUGGAGGACAAAGAAAUAAUUAUUCACGCUCCUGCUGAAUUUAACCCAAAGGAUUCAAGAGGUGAAGAUACAGAAAUUUGGGAUUUAGCUGAAAGAGUUGGGUCACAAGACAACGCUCCAGAUCAUAGAAAUUCUGUCACAUCAGUUCAUGAAGGAGCAUUUUUCGAACACUUAAAUCCCAAACAUCAAAACCUACAUAUGGACUCUACAGAUACCGGACUUCCCAAGACAGUAGCUACUGAAUAUUCAGAUUCGGCAACAAACUCUCUUUCCAGUCCAGCUCUUCUAUCUCCAACAGGAAAACAAUUCAGCUACAGCAGCACAGAUUUGGAAGACAUGGCAACCGGAAAGAAAAGUAAAGCACCAAAGAAACUACGCAAAGGAUCUCCUAAGAAUCCAUAUGCUGAAACACCUGUUGUGACAGAGGAACACCCCAAGAAAAUAUUCUCCAAAAAGAACUCUGUGUCAGAUGAAAAGGAAAUGAAGUUGAAAGAAAAACAAAGGCAGAAGGACAAAGAGAAAGAGAAGGAAAAAGAAAAGGAGCAGAAAGAGAAGGAGAAAGAAAAGAAGGAACAGAAGGAUAAGAAGAAAGAGCAGAAGGAGAAGGAGCUGAAAGAGAAGGAAAAAGACAAGAAGGAGCUAAAAGAGAAGGAAAAAGAAAAGAAGGGACAGAAAGAGAAGGACAAAGAAAAGAAGGAACAGAAAGAGAAGGAGAAGAAAGAAAAUGAAAUAAAGAAGAAAUUCAAGAUCACAGGAGAGGAGGAGGCCUUGUACCAGGCUAAAGUGACAGAGAGCACUAAGGGCCGGAAAGAUGAUCUGGGGAUAAAAGCCGGAGAUAUCGUCAGCAUCAUUCGCACCACAGACUGCCCUAAAGGAAAAUGGCUGGCUAGGGACAGUACAAACAAAUAUGGCUAUAUCCCGGUGGAGAGUGUGGAGUUGGAUAUUGAGGAAAUGAUGGUGCUGGGGAAUAAAGCUAAAGCUAAUAAUAAGCCCAGCAUUAAUGGGAUAAUAGACUCAAAGGCCCCCAGUAUUGACAUGUCCUCACAUCAUUACAGUCUGAACCAAGAGAGUUUCGAAGACGACAGUGAGGAGUGGGGUGACGAUGACGACGACGCCGUUUUCCCAGCGGAUCACACCACAGAUAUAGUUCUGAACCAGCUGGCUUCUCCAGACAGUGGUCCUAAGACAGUUCCUGCUCUACCAGCACAUACUGAUAGAAGUGAUACCGCUCAAGGAGGACGAGAAGUGAUUCAUAAACUGACGACCUUCUUCGCGCAGCCGACCGUCCCCGUACUGCAGAGCAACACACCAAUCAAAGAACCAGUGAUGCCUGUGGUCUGUGUUCAGGAACCAGUCAGUUCCCUCAAACAGGAAGUAGAACUGCAGAUACUUCCUCCUCCAGAUUCCUACGCCGACCUCGUCAUGGGGUGAACAGCAGGCAUUUAUUCCAUCUGACAUGCUGUGGACAUUUUUAAAAGACUUCGACGUACGCUUACUUCUGUCUACAUUAUGAAAGAACUUGACUGCAACUCUUCCCCCUGGCUGAUGUGAAAGAAUGCUGUCAGGCCUGUAGAAAAAUGAGGCGUGGGCAUGCACGCGGUGUACACAUGGUUCAAGGUGGGGUUCAUUUUAACUCCCGUGUUACCUGAGAAGGACUCUGAAUGGAGGAAUGUUCAGCAACAAGUGUGCUGUAUGAUGUUAUUAUUUUCCUUGUGGAAGCUGGGUGUUUUUACUUCCGCCAUGCUAUUCUGAGAAAUCCGAUUCAAGAUUCCUUCUAGAUAAUGUUGGCUGUAAACCUGCUAUAUAAUACAAAGAGCUCAGAAGACACAAAGUUAAACUGGAAAAUAUGCCAAAGCAACAAAGAACCAAUCAUUUGGUUGAGGAUCCACUAAGAUAUUAUAGUUUCUGACUUAAGACUAUACUGUAUUGCGUUUGUACUGUAUAUAGUUAUUUUCACGCCUCAGUUUAUUUUUCAAGUAGUCUUAGUCAUUACAAAACAUAAUCACCUGACAGAAAGACA